AGCGCUGGUUCUAAAGCAUCCGGAUGUUUGUUGGAAUAAACCUACAACGGUAUUGAAUUUUGACUCUCCUCGGCGUGUGUGUGUGUGAUUAAGCAGUACCUGGGUUACCUACGGCAGGAUCCACACGCUUCCCGCAGCACCAUGAGCAGUGCAACGAUUCUGUUCAACGUUUCGAAGAACGAGCUCUUUAAGCUGGCCGACAACUACAAGACGCUGCACAGAAAGCUCAAGGUGAACCAUCGCGUUGAAAGUAACAAAAGUGAGAUCACGCCUGAAAUCCUAAAAUCCGCCACCGUGUUUGUGCUGGCGGGACCGCAGGAGAAAUUUACCGAGACCGAGUUUCAGCAUCUGAAGGACUAUAUUAAUGAUGGAGGACGAUUAUUGCUGCUGCUGGGCGAGGGCGGUGAAGUGCAGUUCAACACCAACGUAAACUUCCUGCUGGAGGACUAUGGCAUGACCAUUAACAACGAUGUCGUUGUACGGCCGCAGUACUACAAAUACUUCCACCCGAAGGAGGCCCUCAUCAGUGGCGGCGUGAGCUGCGACACAAUGAACAAUCUGCUGCUGGAAGGGAGCAAAAGCAUUCUCACGUCGUUUGAUUUCAUGGACGAUAAAUACAAAGUCGAGUUUGUGUAUCCGUUCGGUGCGACAAUGAACGUUAUUAGCCCGGCCAACGUACUGCUCACGACCGGUCCGGUAGUGUACCCGUUCAACCGGCCGCUGGCCGGCUACUAUCAGAACGAAAGCAACGGCAAGCUGGUCGCCAUCGGCUCGGGACACAUGUUCCAGGACAAGUACAUCAGCAACGAGGUCAACACAGCGCUGUGGGACAGUCUGCUGGCGAUGGUGCUGCAGGAUGAGUUUAAAUUCAAACCGUCCGACUUUAACGACCUGGAGAUAAAUGACUACGCCGUCAUACCCGAUACGAUCUAUCUGGCCGAGCAGCCCAAGAUCUGCCUAAUGGAUUCGCUCGAUUACGACAUACCGGCCGACUUCAAGAAGCUAUUCGAUAUGUCGCUCUACUCGAUCAACAACGAUCUGCUGCGCGAUGUUAUCGGCACGUACGAGAAGCUGGACGUGCAAUAUGAACCGCUUAAGAUCAUCAAACCGCAGUUCGAGAUACCGCUGCCGCCGCUGCAGCUUGCGGUGUUUCAGCCGAUCUUUAGCGAUCUGGCGGCGCCACCGCUCGAGCUGUUCGAUUUGGACGAAGCGUUCAGCUCGGAAAAGGUGCAGAUCACGCAGCUGACCAACAAAUGCCUGUCGCCGGCACACGAGGGCGCCCACCAGCGGACGGUGGACGAGAAGGAGCUGGGCUACUUCAUACAGGAGUGCGGGCGCAUACUGAAGGUUUGCCAGGACGAUCAGAAGAUGUCGCCGAAGGAGAUACUUAACGCGAUCAGCGUCAAGAUUGCGCACUACAAAAAGCUGGACAAGGACUAGAGAUGGGGGAUUUAAUGCACAACAUGAAUAAAUCCUUUGUUUUGUUCUGGUAAAGCUGUA